AUGGACACCGGCCAGCUGUCCCCUAUCAGCACCGAACUCGAGAUGCCCGCCGUGGGUGUAUCCGCAUCCUCCGUGCCGACCAUGAUCCAUUCCGCCACGUCGUCAUGUGCAGAAUCCUGGAGCACCAGCUAUAGCGACGGUCCCGAGACGGGCGAGGAAGCUGACCAUGAUGUGUCGUGGGAGAAGAAUUCGGACGAUGUACUGACGGUUCCCAAGCUUGAGCCGCUCGAAGAUGAAGGUUUCCAGAUGGACGAGGUUAAGGAAGCUCCACGCACGCCAAUACCAGAGCCGAACGCUGCAGCGGCGCCACUAACGAAGAUGAAGAGGCCGAGAGGACGCCCCCGAAAACACCCCCUCACUCCCCAGGUAUCGACGAAUAAGGUAGCCAAGGGACGUUCCAAGACCGGAUGUAUUACAUGCCGGAAGAGGAAAAAGAAAUGCGACGAAGCGAAACCGCGCUGUCUGAAUUGUGAGAAGAAUGCUGUUGUAUGCGAGGGAUAUCACGAGAAGACGAUCUGGAAGAGCGGGAAGGAGAAGGCCGAAGAAGAGCGACAGAAGCGGCACAGUCUGCCACAUAUUACUCUUCAACCAAUAUUUCAAGGAGUCGAGACGCCCGAGGACAUGAUUUUCCUCAACCAUUACAUCAGCCAUCUAAGUGGUGUGCUGACGGUUGAAGGGCAGCACAAGAACGCGUUUAAGGAUAUGUUACUCCAGAUGGCCGUGGAACAUCGAGGCCUCAUGCAUUCUAUUUUAUCCGUGGCUAGUAGACAUAUCGACUACGAUACACCAUAUGGCGUCAAGAUUCUCGGCUCUAACCCGAAAAUCAGCCUAACCUCGCUACUAACUAGGUCACAAUUUCAUCACAAUGCAGCAAUGGAAAAGCUAUGCGAGCCGGUGGGUAACGAGAACGACCCGAAGAACAAGGCCAACUUAUCUCCCCGUUAUGGACAGAUGCUAUGCCUACUAUUACAGACUCUCGCAGAAGGAAAUCCCAACGGCGAGCACAGGGUUCAUCUCCAGGCGUACAAGAACCUCAUCCAGCAAUCUCCUCCUCCGGACAACGCGUUUCUAAUAUUCAUCACCGAAUUUUUCCAGUACCGCGUCUUCGCAGACGAGCUGAUCCGGUAUCCCGACAUGCACACGCCCCGCCUCGCAACCGAGGAUUGGGAGCCGUGGCUAGAAAUCCAUCCCGCGCGUCUGAUUGGCGUCGCCGACGGGCUGUUCCACUACCUCGCACAGAUCACGUCGAUCCGCAACAACAUCCGAGCGAACAUGGCGGCCGAGGUAGACCCAGUUGUAGAUUACACGUCGCUAUACCGAGCAGCCGAGAUAGAUUCCGCGAUUCGGGAAUGGACUCCACACUGGCCACCAGGCGACAGUCGCGAUCGAGUCGGGCUGCUGUACAAGCAGAUGAUGUGGGUAUACCUAUUCCGGACGAUCUACCCGCCCUCGUCGCCCUCGCCAUCCGCAUUGUUCACCCAACCAGCGACGACAGCGACGACAGCAGCAGCAGCAGCAGCGGGAACAACAACAGCAAGCGUAGUGCCCCUGUCACCGACAUCGCAACCACACUCCGCACGAACUCCGCCCUCGUCGUCCGAGCGUCCCACGAGCAGUCAUACGACGACGCCACCACGCGCCGAGUCCCCGCCGCCGAUCCGCUACCCGCCGCACCACGACCACCGCAUCACGCUCGCCGUCGACGAGUCUCUCGCCAUCCUCGACUCCUUCAAGCCCAGCGACCCCGUGCAGACGCUUCUCCUCGUGCCCUGUCUCGUCAUCGGAUGCGCGUGUUUCGCUCCCGCGCAACGCGAGAGAGUCCGCACCGCCAUCCGGACUGUGCGCGGAUACACCGGCCUGCGCAACUGCGACCGCAUCGCCGAGGUCCUGGAGGAGGUCUGGCGGUUAAUGGAGCGAGGCGAUUGGACCCGCGUGUGGGACUGGCAGGGCGUCGCCAGGGGUAUGGGGCUGGAUUUCUCGUGCGCUUGA